AUGGAGGUCUCUCAGGCUAGGAAAAGGCAAGUGAUCGUGUUCACGAUUGUUAUCUAUGCGUUAGCUUUUUACUCUGUAUAUGAUGCCACGGUGACAAGUAUUUCGUUUCUCCAAACUAUUCUGAAAUUGACCGAAGGAUUCAAUUUUAUCAUUAUAUGCGCAUUCAUGCUAUUGAAUUCUGCAUUGUUAUGGAGGCUAUCUACGCUAUUGCUGUUCGGUAACCUUCGACUCAUUGAAUAUGAGCACAUACUGGAGAGAUUACCAUUUACUCUGAUAAAUACAAUUUUGAUGACCUCGAUGUUUAAAGAACAGGAUUUCUCUACUGUCAUGCUGUUUGGAUUUCUAUUGAUAUACGUAAAGGUGUUUCAUUGGAUUUUGAGAGACAGGUUGGAUGGGCUGUUACAGAAUAUGCAAGAGACUACAAGGAUUUAUAAGCUAAUACUUUCAAGAUUUACCUUAAACAUGGUAAUUUUAUUUAUUAUUGACUUACAAAUGGUAUGUUACUGCAUCAAUACAUCAUUAUUGAGCAAUUUUUCCUCCUCAACUUCAGUUGUGUUGAUGAUUGGAAUGGAAUUUUCAAUGCUAUUAAUUGAUCUGUCGAACAUGUUGUUGCAUUCUUCUUUAAAUUUGUAUGAGUUUUAUCGAUCGCAACAAAGUGAUAAUAUUGUCAAUUUGGAAUCAAGUUCUGACGGCGAAGAUGAGGCUGAUAAUGAAGACGAAGAUGAAAACCAGUUCACUGGCUUGGAGGGCAAAUUUCUCUACGAAAGAAUUAUUGAUAUUUUCACUAGAUUUUUAAAGACGAUCGUGCAUUGCUUAAUGUUGAUACCUCUGAAGAUUCCAGUCAUGUUGAUGAAAGACAUUGUUUGGGAUCUCAUAACUCUUUAUCAAAACAUCACUAUGGUUUGGAAGACAUGGAGAAAUAAUAGACAAUUGGAUGACAAACUGCCAACCGUAUCGGAGGAAAGCUUAAAGGCUAUGGGAGUUGAUAAUAUUUGUAUAAUAUGCAUGGAUGAACUCAUCCCUGAACAAAGAUCACAUCGUCGAAUUUCGAAAAAAUAUACACCGAAGAGAUUGCCUUGUGGUCAUGUUUUACACCUUUGCUGUUUGAAAAAUUGGAUGGAAAGAUCUCAAACUUGUCCGAUUUGUAGACUUCCUGUAUUUGAUGAAAGUGGGAAUGUUUUACCUUCUCAUAUCUCCUCGCCAACAUCAGCUUCCUCAGUUCCAACAGAUAGCAAUACAGAUGUACCCAUGGAACAGAUGCCACAGCCAACAACAAGUACUGGGUUGGGCGAAGAUAAUGGAGAAAUAGAAGAAGUGUGUGUGUCACAGGAAAGAAAAAGUCAUACUGCACGCAAUACCUGGUAUCCUUUCUCAAUUGAAGGAUCUAGUGAGAAUUCCAUAAGUUUUACUUUAAAUGAUAUCAAGAAAAGCAGGGAAGUACCUGUUAAACUUAUGAUCGACAGGAGCUUACAAAACAAUUCAAAUGAGGUGGACAAUGAUACCAAAUCGGAACUGAUAAAGAGAGUUGUUAUACCUGAUGAAUACAUAUUUCACAAUUCAAAUAUCGACUCCCUGAAAAGGCGAAUAUCAGAACUAGAAAGUCAGGUACAGGAUUUGAAUAAAAGAAUAAGAAAGGAUUGA